CCAUGCACCAAAUCAGCAUGCUGUCCUUCAGUAAGAUCUAUCCAUCCCCCUAUUUUUGCACACAAUCCUUUCUCUUUUUCAGUCUGAAAUCUGUUCACCAGGAUACUUUAAACAUCUGGUUGUUCUGGGUUAGAGCCAGUGUAGAUUCCUAAAACCCCAUCAAUUACAGAGAGAGGGGGAUUCAGGGUAAAGAAAGCAACAGAUGAGAAUGUAACAGAGAGAAGGGAAACAUAAGAGAAGGAGUGACAGAGAAAACUGGAUUAAAACUAAAGCAACAGCAGUGAGAAAAGAGCGAGUGAGAGAGAGAGAGAGAGAGAGAGAGAGAGAGAGAGAGAGAGAGAGAGAGAGAGAGAGAGAGAGAGAGAGAGAUGGCACUGUUCCCAUACUGCAGGCUGCCUUCAGGAUUUUCUUUUGGAAAUCGGAAGCCACUGAUUGUCUUGGGUGUAUGUCUUCUCGCUGGAUUGAUCUACUUUCUAAAGGAGAAGAGAAUGUUCGCUGUUCCUAACAACGCCAUCCAUGUGUUCUCCGAAGUGGAGCAAAUCCGAUCAGGAUCGUACAGUAAAGAGGUUCCUGUGAUGACACCUUGGGGUUCCCCUCUGGUAUGGGGAGAUAGUGAAUCCUCUGCGUGGCGUAGAAACAAGGUUGCUCAUCUUGGUGCUCGCACUGGCUUGGCGAUCCUGGCUAUCGGGAACUACAAUCACUACAUACGACGCCUCCUGUCUUCUGCCGAUCUCUACUUUCUGCUCAAUUUCUACGUCACUUACUACGUUUUGACUGACAGGCCAACAGAGCUAGAUCCUCCCUUGAAUCUAUGGCUGAACAGAGAGCUGCGUGUCAUUCCUGUAGCUGAGAUGCCAGGCUGGGACAGGCUCGGUCUGCGGCGCAUGGCUCUGCUUGCAACCCUCAUCAAGGAGCAGAUAAGUCUGGAGGUAGAUUAUGUCUUUUGCAUUGAUGCUGACCAGGAAUUCACAAACCCAGUAGGCACAGAAAUCUUAGGGAAGCUGACAGCCACACUGCAUCCUCUGUUCUAUGGGAAACCUAGGUACACGUACCCAUAUGAGAGAAACUCAGACUCACUGGCUUAUGUUGCCCUGGGGGAAGGUGACUAUUACUAUAGCUCCGAGUUCUAUGGAGGCUUGUGCUCCAAGGUGUUAGCCAUGGUUCAGACAUGCUCCCUACUCAUCCUACAGGACCAGGAGAAAAAAGUUCGAGCCCAGGAAUUAGAGGAAAGUUACCUGAACCGCUAUUUGAUCAACAAUAGACCCACUUGUGUCCUUUCACCAGAGUACAGCUGGUGGGAUUCACCUGGAGUCCCUGGAGUGCCAACUCAGAGGCUGUGCUCUAUCGGCAGACAAUGCUUAUCGACAGGCAACUACAAAGGAAAUCCGAAAGCUUGCUGACCGAAGGAAACAAGAGGACAACUUGCACACACAAGAAGGAACAACUGACUUAUCAUAUCAGUAUGAAAAGCAUGAAUUAAAAAAAAAAAAUAAAUAAGUUUAGAAUUGAGUAGCUACUGAAUAGCUUGAUUACUAAUAGGGUAAUUUACAGGUCGUACAAAAUGCUUUACAUAAAACAUUGUAGAACCCGAUAUUGAGUACUGGAAUGCUAUAAAAAUUGAUUUUACAUACUCAUCAAUUAUAAUAAAUACGUAUGAGAAACA